AUGGAGCUUAUAUUGUACAAACAUAGUGUGGUAGACACGAAAAAAUUCAAGCACCCCAGAUGAUCAAAAAAGAAAAUUUUACGGAAAUUUUGUGAUUUAUAUUCAAAAUGUUGAAGGAGUCGGUGAUAUAUCUAAAGGAUCAUUUUUGAGAGGAUAAGAUGAAUUAGUGCUCAAAUUUGACCAAUUUAUUCUGAAACCCAGAACACCAAACUUUGUGAGAUUAAGACAUACUAAUUACAUAUUAUUCGGACUAUACUUACGUUGAUUCCAAUAUGACCGGUAAUCUAGCACAUUCUUCUAAGGAACGGAAAAGAUCCAUAUCGUCCAGCUUCUCCUGCGAAUCAUUUCAGAUACACGCCCUGUCGUCCGACGACCCAUUACGGAGUGACCUGAUGUAUGGACAAAUUGAACUGUUUGAAGAAAGAGUAGAGAUGUGCUUCGAUAGAUUCGACGUGACUCUUUUCUACAGCAUGGUGCGACAGCUUUCGCAACAGACUUCCGUUUACGAUAUCACCAGUGUACGGCAACUGCGACAAGUGUACGACGACGAAAUGACGCGUUUUACUCAUCCGUCUACCAGACAGACUCCUCGACAGCUGAGCAAGUGUCUGCAGUAUUUUACGUGGUUUUGUAAAUUCUUGACAUAUCUCAGGAACCUUCGGAUUAGCUUCAACAGCCGCAUUUUUAUACCGUUAUUCAAAUAUUUUCAACCGCAUGGUAGUGUUCCCACUGGCAGAAGGGGAUCAUCAUUUUCAACAUCGUCUUCGCUGUCAAAAUAUAGCAGUAAUCUUUCCCUUACAAGUAACGAAAGUGGAAUUAUGUCUGAUUGUGGAAGCUUGGACAAUCGUGUGGUAUCGUACGCUGACGAGUUGCAGAAUGGAGAUGACGAACUGGAUGACGCAGAAGCCAUGACGCGUCUACGUGUACAGUCUGAAAGGGCGUUGAUGCUUCUAACUAAUGAAUUCAAAGAGAUCAAAUCUCUCUAUGAUACCUCAGACGUUAAAAAGGUUGCCCAGAAACUUUCUUUUGUCAAAGAGCAACUGGAAUUCAAUAUGGACGAAGAUGAGACCAUUGAUACCGAUCUUUUAAGUCAAGAAAGUGUACGAGUUGUACGGCAUCUGAACGCAGACGAAGAAAUUGAAACGCUUUUGAGGUACAUUCCAGACAUUCUUUUCAAAUUCAAAAUGGCAGCCAAGUUAGCUAGACAAUGGAUGCACAUGGAUGAUCAGCGAUCACGUGAUCUAUCAUCAAAAUUGCAGAAGAUUAUGAGUCUGGAAAAUCGAAUGUCCGAGAGACUUUCAAAACUAGUCUACGAUAUCAAAAAGCAUGAAGCUACUUUAGAAAAGGACAGUGAAGAACUCCAAAAGCUGAUGACUCGCGAGGAACGAUCCACUGAACUGUCUUCAACAGUCACUGAACUUGAUGACCGCAUCAAAUCCAUCAAGGACUCUCUGAAACUGCUCCGAAAGGAGAAGAUCAUUAUUACCAACAAACUUGUUGAAGCUGUCAAAAAGCGGUUGAAACGUGAAUACAAGACACAAAAAGUUUUGUACGAAUCCAAUCGAUUACGGAGAUAUUCGUCCGAACGACAGUUAGCAACGCUACAAUUUCGCCGCGAUCUUGCCGAAGCUGAUAUGCACAUUGAAGUCGGCUUGAAACCACAUCUUAUUCGGAGUACGAAUGAUCUUCAGGAUAAAGUGGAGAAAUUGGAACAGAUAAUCGAGGAGGAAAGACGUAAAGAACGAACCAUCAAGUCCGCUUUGAUCCCAGUUCAUAAUGACAGACAAUAUCUAGCGGACAUAGUUUACCCGCAUGGGUUGCCCCCCAUUACAGAGCCUGUGCUGCCUAAAUACGAAGCCUCGAAACAGGCUUAUUAUAUUGGAACUCGAAGAGUAUCCCCUGGCAAGGCUAACCACGUGAAAACAUAUCGUAAUGUUAGUAGAUUACCCGUACCAAUUCGGAAGAAGUCUCAAGACGUUGGAGUUCAGGUUCAGGAUGAUUUGUGGGAUAACUGAGUGAAUACAAUUUGAAUGAUAUACAGAUCAUAAUACUUUUUGUUCCGUUUUUUUUUUCUGUGGGUUACGAACAAAAUUUCACGAUCCUAAAAAUCUCGAUAAACAUCCACUGUCCACAGUUGUGAAAAUGAGUGAUAAAGUGGAACUUCAUGACUUUUGUAGGGAUGGCGUUUGUACCAAUUUCUGGCACCUUAACGUCGAAAGAGUGUCGUUGCAAAUGUAAUUAGUGCAUAAGCUCCAUGGCUUCUGUUUAUUAGGGCGUAAACCCCCAUCCCUGUCACAUAAGGACAAGAGUAUCAUUGCGGAAACGUCAUUUAAAAGUUAUCUCUAUAUUUGUGUCCUGUUUUAUUUUACACUGAAAACAACUUUCUUAUGGCUAGUUCAUGUAAACAUCCGUAAAUGACACUUAUUAUAUGUUUAAUCAAGCUGUCAACUG